AAAUAAAAAAUAAUAGAAUAAUAAACAAGUAUUUUACGAGGAUAUAUAUGUAAAUAUAAAUUUUAGGAGGAUAUUCACGUAAAAUUUGCUAUUCAUAAGUGUAUUUAGGCAAAAAAUCUAAUUUUUUUUCUAUCUUAUAACCUCGGAUGACGGAAAUCACCAUUGUAACGGCGCCGUGACGGUUCUUCAGACUUGGCCGCCAUCGUUGGCUCCAGAAAGCAAACGCAUCGUCAAAUGUUUUACACUCUCCUUCAUGCUCUCUCUCAUUACGUUUGACGCGCGUUGGUACGCCUUCUAAAACCCUAAAGCAAACCCUCCCCUCCCCCCCGACGACACCUUCGAAGCCUCCAUCUCCAUCCAUGGCCACCAAGAAGCGCAAGGUCGACCAAGAAGACGACCUCCUCUCCGCCCCCAACCACGAUUCCGACCCCCAAUCCCAAAUCCCAGACUCUGCCACCGCCGCGGAGGGGGCGGCGCCGCCGCCGGUGGAGGAAGACGAGGCCGACGACGAGGACGAGGACGAGGACGUGGGGAAGCUUCUGGAACCGCUGUCGAAGGAGCAGCUGAUCUCUCUCCUCCGGUCCUCCGCCGCCUCCGACUCGGCCACUCUCGCCGAGAUUCACCGCCUCGCCGACCUCAACCCCGCCCACCGGAAGCUCUUCGUCCAUGGCCUUGGCUGGGAAACCACCUCCGACGGCCUCCGCGCCGCAUUCGCCCGCUACGGCGAGAUCGAGGACUGCCGCGUCGUCGCCGACAAGGCCACCGGUCGCUCCAAGGGCUACGGCUUCCUCCUCUUUCGCCACCGCCGCUCCGCCGGCCGCGCCCUCCGCCGUCCACAGAAGCUCAUCGACAACCGCAUGACCGCCUGCCAGCUCGCCUCCGCCGGCGCCCCCUCCGGCGCUGCUCAUCCCCCGCCGCCCCACCAUCACACCGCCUCCUCCAAUCCUAACCCUAACGCCGCCUCCCAGGACAACCUCCCGAGGAAGAUCUACGUCGGGAACGUCCACUCCAACAUCGACGGUGCCCGCCUCCACGCCUUCUUCUCCAAGUUCGGGGAGAUCGAGGAGGGCCCCAUCGGUUUCGACCGCCAGACCGGGAAGCCCAAGGGGUUCGCCCUCUUCGUCUAUAAAACCGUGGACGGCGCUCGCAAAGCCCUCGAGGAGCCGAACAAGAACUUUGAGGGCCACCUGCUCUACUGCCAGAAGGCAACCGAUAGCAAAGCUAAGGCAGCAGCUGGGCCUUUAGCCACAAUGGCGGCCCCCCCAUCCAAUGCUGCCUCCACUCCAGACGCGCCAUCGAGCAUGGGUGGUGCCAAUGGGUCUGGAUAUGGCGGCACGCUGCCGGAUAUGGGUUUGGCGCAACAAGCUGCGAUUUUGGGGCAAGGACUUCUGGGUCUUAGCGGGACACAAACUUUUGGACAGGGGAUGCAGCCGAAUGCUGCAGUGCUCGCAAUGCUGGCGGCAGCUGGACAGAAUCCAGGAUCUUUCGGGAUCAAUCCUGCCGUGCUUGCAUCACUGAACCCUGCUUUGGCCACGGCUUUGGGUGCCGGAGGCCAGCAGCCUGUGCCUCCGUCUGCAGCCCCUCAGACAGUGGCGUCACAGAAUUAUGGAAUGGGAAACAUGGGGUAUCAGAAUGCUGGGUUUCAGGGACCACCAGGGUUUCAGGGGCCUCCAGGGUUUCAAGGUCCUCCAGGGUUUCAGGGUCCUCCGGGAUUUCAAGGUACUCAGCAUGUGUCUCAACAGGCUGUUGGUGGAGGUGGGGGUUCUUAUCAGGGAGGACCUGUUGGACAGGUGCCGAUGCCAAGGCCACCAGUUGGGCAAAUGGGUGGAUAUGCACCACAUUAGUUCGAUAUCAGGAUCGUGAUUAUUCGUGUGGUUUAAAGAUCAGAUGGCUUUUGAAUCGGUAUUGGCGCUCGGAGUGUUGAGAAAGCCUUGUGAUGCGGCAAUUAUUCAGAAAAGGAACUGCUUUUUCUUUUGGUUUUAUCGCCUUUUAUUAGUAUAUGAAAUUUGGGUUUAAUAUUUUAUAGUGUUUCUUUCCUCCCUUCUCUGUAACUGCUUCUACUGGUUCCCUGUAACAGAUGAUACUGUGGUCGCUAGUAAUUUUUUCUUUUAUUGAUGUCAUUUUGGAUUUGUCCGUCUUCUUCUGCAGAUGGUUUCCAUGAGAGCUUAAUAUUUAGCACUGUUUCUAUUACGUGGUAAUAUACAGUAAUACAUUGUUUUUGAAUGCUGUUACAUUUCCUAAGUUAUUAUUAAUGGGACAUCCAUCUGUCGGCUGGACAUGAGAAAACCCUACUUUCUCCUAAAAGAGGACUGCUCUCUGAGUACCGCUUAUUUGUAUGUAAAUGUGGAAAUGAUCCCUUUGUUUUUUCAACUUGAUUUAAGAUGCACUCAGUGUGGUUCUUUGUGUUUCUGUGUUGUGUCUUAGUUUUUCUGAAAAACUCAUAUAUCGGUCUCUGCUUUAGCCUUUAAUUGUGCUUGCGAUAUUCGUUUCUCAUGUGCUGGUCUUUCCACCUUGGCAUCGAUGAGUAGGUUGGACUGUGCGGCAUCGAUUACAUUCCAUCGUCUGAUCUCUGAACUUGUACAUUAAUAGAUGAGGAUCCAUCAACAUUGUGCAUGCUAUAGACACACUCUCGCUGCAUCACUUUUGCUGAUUGAGCUUUAUACAAUUGCUUAAGACCCCUGCCAUGCUCAUGCUGCCGACCCUGCUUUGGCAGUGGUGAUGGGGGCAAGGGGCUCAUAAGUGGUGCACCUAUUGGCGUUCGUUCUGAUGGCACCAAAACAGGGGUAUAGGCUGAGGAACAUGGCAUCAUCACUAUACUAGAAUGUGGUUUCUCAGGGGUCUCUAGGUUUCAUGGUCCCCCAACUGGUUUCUCAAUGUAUGGUUUUUGUUUUUUUUUCUUUUCUUCCUUUCCUUUUUUAGUUUUGGGGUUGGGGGGGGGGGGGGGGGGGGAUGAAGUUGGUGGUUCAUAUCAGGGGCAUCCUUUGUGAAAAGGCCCAAUGACAACCCGAGGGUGGACGCGGACCAAAUCGUGUGUAUAGUUCUUGCAAAAGUAACUUCUUGCUGCUAGUUGAUGCUCCCUUUGCUUUUGUUUGAUAUUGAGAUUGUGUUUAUUUGUGUGGUUUAAAGAUCAGAUAGCUUUAGAACUGUAUUGGCACAUGGUGUGUUGAGAAAGCAUUCCAAUUUGAUAACUGUUCAGAUAUCGAACUUCUUUUUCUUCAGUUUAUUCCCUUUUAUGAAUGUACAUAUAUUGGGAUUUAUCAUUAAUUGUUUUUUUCCCUUCACUCGAACUGUCGUCAGCAUUUCACUAUAAUGGACAAUACUGUUUUUGCUUGGAUUUUGUGGAGUUUUUCUGCAAAUGGUUUUCAUGAGAGCCUAAUGAGUAGAUCGCAAUGUGACUUUGAUGUGAAAAUAGUACAAUUAUAUAUUGUUUUUGAACAGUGCUUUGUUUACCACUUUAUCAUUACUGGGAUAUUUAUCUGUUUCACAUGAUCAUCAUGGACAUUAGAAAAAUCCUACCCUCUCCUUGAAGUGAACUGCUAUUUAGCCUAUAAAAGCAUAUACUUGUUGGACUGGGCCUUGUUUAUGCAACUUCUUUUUUUUCAGCUUCAUUGCCUUUUGUGGAUGUAUGUACUUUGGGAUUUCUCUUUAGUUUUCUUCUCUUCUUUGGAGCUGUCAUCACUAUUUCUCUAUAAUAGACUAUGCUGUCUUCGGUAGUUAUCCUUUUUUUCUUAAUAAAUAUGGCUUUGGAUUUCGUGGAGCUUUUGUACUAAUGGUUUUCAUGACAACUUAAAGAAUAGAUCACAAUGUCAGUAAGAUUUUAAAUCAUGUGAGAAGGGGUGUCCCAGAUUCUCUACCGCACGUUUCUUUGUUUGUUUAUUUCUUUUUCUUCUUUCUUUCCUUUCUAUGUUCUUUCAUUCUUUUCUUUCUUUCUUUUUCUUUCUUCCUUCCUUUCCUUCUUUCUAUCCUUUCUUUCUUUUUGUUCUCCAAUACUUCCUUUCUUUUGAUCUCUCCACAUUUGUUCAUCCUUUGUGUGCAGAAAUGCUUUUACAGGCACUAGAUCUUGAGACAGAAACUUGUCACCUUUCUAGCUAUAAACCUAAGUAGGAUGGGCUGGCAAUCAGCCACCUUCUAUUCAUUGACAGCUGCCUAUUUUUAUCUCAUGCCGGGCGACAUGACUGCUACAAUUUCCAUCAAGUUCUACUGGAGGGUGGAUUUGGACAAAUCAGUGCUACUCUUCAGUCCACAUAUCCUGUCUUCCAUUGUCCAUGAAUUAACCUCUAUCCUGUAGAUUCACAAUGUUGAGGAGCUUGGGCGUUAUCUGGGGGGUUCUUUGAAAGGAGUUAGAUUGAAGCAAACAGACUUAUAGAUCAUCAAGAAUCAGAUCGAUCAUCUUCUGGACUUGUGGAAAUGGAGAAAUUUAUCCUUUGCCAGCGGUGCUACCUCGGUCGAUCCAUGCAAUGUGCCUCACGUUUUCCCAAUCAGUUUCCUAAACUGAUUGAAAGGAUGAUAAGAUAUUUUCUAUGGGGGAACCAUCCAGCUGGUCACAAUUUGCAUACCAUUUAUUGGGAUGUCAUAUGUCAGCUGCCAUCAGGUUUGGAUUGGAAUUCCAAUUUGAAGACUUGGUGGGAAGCUUUGUUGAGUAAAUCUUCAGGUGGUUGGUCAACCUCUGAACCUAAUAGACAGUGCUCAAGAGCUUGGGAGAUCAUCUCCAUAUUAGUCCUACAGGUGAAGCAUUCCUUCCAUGGCAAUGGGGGAUGGAGUCACGCCCUUCCCAGAACCAGUGGCUAAACAGAUUAUGCAAAUGCCUUGAACCGCUGGAGGAGGCAAGGACUUGGAUCUGUUGGGGAGAGCAUUUCAGAAGACAAAUGCAUCGACAGAGAAUUCCCAUGUUUCUUGAUUGUGGUCCGCAAUGUACAUAUUGUAAAAGGUUUUUCCUCUAGAAACUUGCUUUGGAAAGGCUUCCCUUGCUAAUCUACUUCACCAAUUUGGCCUCGGCUCUUCAUUAUGCCCCCGCUGUCAUGGUGGUGAUGAAUCCCUUGAUUAUAUCUUACUGUACUUGCCCCAAGGUCCUUGGUAUUUGGAUGGCUGUCGAUUGCCCAAGUUGGUAUCAGACCAAAGCCUUCGAUGAAUCCUCCCCAAUGACUGCUGCUGCUUCUAGUGCUCAAAUGGAGCUUAUCUAUCUCUCUCUGGCAGAUUUGGAAAUCCCGGAACGAUGUAUAAUCUUCCAGAAUUCACCACAGCAACUAGCCGGAGUUUUGCAGUGUCCUCGCUGCCGGCUUAGUGCUCCGGUAGAAGCCAAACUGGGAUGGGUGCGUGCAUACUACAUCAGCAGGCGCCGGCUAUAUCAUUCAAGAUACGAGUGGUCGAUCUCUACAGCCGGCAACCAUUCGGUGGAGCUCACAGCAGCGUGUGGGAAUUUAAACUGCUAUUACUUGAUGCUGGGUGCUGAAAAACUGUGGUAUUGAAGGUGACUUUACUACCAUAAUGGCAUGGCUUCUUCGAUCUCAUUUAGCUUCCAUCCUCUCUCGGCCGUCCUCGUUUCCUCCUACUUUGAUGUUCUUUGUAAAUUCUGAUGCUUUUGGCUGCUAUUUUCGAGAUUCUAGUGGGGCUUGCGAUGCGUGGUAGGAUCAGCCUAUUUGAGGCCAAGAGGGUUUUGAACAAGUUUCACGAGAAGUUGUAGCACGACUAUUACUGGAUGAGCGGCGCCUGUGUUUAUCAAAGUGUUAAUUAUAUAAAAGAUUUAAUUUAUUAUAUGUAUUUAUAUUUUUAAUUUA